CUUGCAAUGGCCAUGAACACUACAUCUGUAGCACCAUCUUCACCAGGUCUCUUCAUCCGUCCGUUGGCCAUAAUUUUACUAAUAGUGGCAUUGGUUGUGGGGCUUCCUGGCAAUGCAUUCGUAGUGUGGAGCAUCCUGGCCAGAAUGCGGAAGCGCUCUGUCACUGCGCUGCUGGUGCUGAACUUGGCUCUGGCCGACUUGGCCGUACUGCUCACAGCCCCAUUUUUCCUUUCCUUCCUGGCCCAAAACACCUGGCACUUUGAACUAGUGGGCUGUCGCCUCUCCUUCUACGUCUGUGGUGUCAGUAUGUACGCCAGCGUCCUGCUUAUCAUGGCCAUGAGUCUGGACCGUUCGCUGGCAGUGGCCCGCCCAUUCUUGUCUCAGAAGCUGCGCACCAAGGCGAUGGCUGGUCGGGUGCUGGCAGGCAUCUGGGUGGCAUCUGUGCUGUUGGCCACGCCUGUCUUUGUGUAUCGCAAGGUGACCCCGAUGAAUAACAACAAGAGCCAGUACUGCUCAGUCGACUACCCCAAGGAAAGCCACAGAGCCUUCCACUUGCUCUUUGAGACUAUCACGGGCUUCCUGCUGCCCUUUCUGGCCGUGGUGGCCAGCUACUCCGACAUCGGACGCAGGCUGCAGGCCCGGCGCUUCCGCCGCAGCCGCCGCACCGGCCGCCUGGUGGUGCUCAUCAUCCUGGCCUUUGCCGCCUUCUGGCUGCCCUACCACUUAGUGAACCUGGCUGAGGCUAGCCGCGCAAUGGCUGGCCUGAAAUACAUGUCUGGGAGCGUGGGGUUGAAGCUGUCCUUGGCUCGCAAGGUGCUCAUCGCGCUCGCCUUCCUGAGCAGCAGCGUGAACCCGGUGCUGUACGCGUGCGCCGGCGGCGGCCUGCUGCGCACGGCCGGGGUGGGCUUCGUUGCUAAAUUGCUGGAGGCCACCGGCUCAGAGGCUUACAGCACCCGACGAGGAGGAACUCUGGGCCAGACCGUCAAGGGUGCUCCCACCUCUCCUGAGCCUGGUCCUGCGGAGAGCCUCACUUCUCCACCAACCCCCUCGAGUGACAACUGA